AUGAAUUCAGUGCGGUCGAUAGCGCCCGGCGGGCGACGGAAGCUUGUGUCUGUUCAGACCGUAUCUGAUGUCAACCCUUUCCUGCUCCCCUUGGGACAAGAGAAUACGUGUUAUGGGUUGAAACGUCCGUAUUUUACGCGGUUUCGCAAGAACUACAUCCACCGGUUCACGGCAACGAGAUCGCUGUUCUGGUGGUCGCCGUGGUCACCGGUGCGGCGCGCGUGCGUCUACCUCUCCACCAACCAGUACUUCGAUUACUUCGUCAUGGCAACCAUCCUGCUCAACUGUGUCUUCCUCGCCAUGUCGGAGACGAUCGAAGAGGCUGAGAUGCAAAACGUACAAAGCCAUCUAACCAAGUGUAGUGUAAGAACCAACCAUUACUUCGACUUCUUCUUCAUAGCAACCAUCCUGCUCAACCGUGUCUUCCUCGCCAUGUCGGUGACGAUCGAAGAGGCUGAGAUGCAAAACGUACAAAGCCAUCUAACCAAGUGUAGUGUAAGAACCAACCAUUACUUCGACUUCUUCUUCAUAGCAACCAUCCUGCUCAACCGUGUCUUCCUCGCCAUGUCGGAGACGAUCGAAGAGGCUGAGGGAGUACUGAACCAUAUUGGUUUUAUUAGACGGCUUUCGAUCCACCUCAUUGAGGGGGGCAAUGAUGAUUGGUCCAGGAGCAAUCUCGGGCUUGUCGACCACAAUGACGUGAGUGGGUACGAUUGGUACCUCAUUCUCCACCACGACCUCAGGUUUGACUACGAUUUCUUCGGAGAAGGUGGAACAACGGCGGCUUCAGAGGCCUGGUUGAUGUUCAGGAUGAUCUGA